GGGGAGGCGUGAAAGCUUCUUGUCUGCCAAAGAUUAUGCAAGCGUGUGAGGUGCCCGGGAGCCUCCGCCCCCCACGCUGAUCCACCUGACCCCUUCCCGUCGCUGGGGGCGAGGACUAGCUCUUACUUCUCUGCUGGCCCCCAGUCACGGGAUGCCUGGCUUUGUCAGAAAUCAGCCCAUGAGCCUGGGGGAGGCUGUCUGGGUCCCAGAUGGCGCUGUCCCAGAAGCCCGCUGGUCAUUCUCAGGGCUCCUUUUGCUGGACCCUGCUAAUGUCCAUCCACUCCAGCCAGUGCCUGGACUCAGCCCAGUGGGGCCUGUUUGAUUGGGUGCCUGGCAGUGGACAGUGGGGACGGUGGCUGGGCAUUCCAGAGCUUCCUUGAGAACAGCUCAGGGCUUCUCCGUGCACAAACCCUACUUUAUAGAAGAGGAAACGAGGGAGGCUCCUUCCUCCCUGAACUGUCUGGAUCUGGGGUCAAGGCCCCACUGGGCAUGACACCGUUUCUGGGCAUUUGCAUCUCCUGUCCCUGACCCCAAGAUGUCAGCCCAGACCCAGGACUAGGCUGGGGGGAGGGGGGGUGCUGUUCUCUCUCUGAUAUUCUCCUUCCUCCCAGUGCCUGGGAACCAGGUCCCAGGCCUAGAAUGCCCAUCCCCCGCCCAUGGCUGUCCCCAGCAGAAGGCACCAGGCAGCUCCUCCCACACCAUGCCUCCUGCAGAACGGAGAGCCAGAACGCCAGCUGGUCACCUUAUGAGUGCUUUCUCCACCCACUGCCUCUGGUCCCUGCCCACAGGAGGGUCCUGGUGUAGGGCACCGGGCAGCCCCCACAGACUCCUGAGCUUGUUUUUGGGGACAGAAUGGGGGAAGAGCAGACACUCGUGGGCUCUGACUUCAGCACUGAAUAACACACAGAAUGGAAAGCACCCCGCGCCCUCAGCACAGAAGCGGCUGGAGGCAGGGCCACUUUCUUUGCCUUUGUGAGACCCCAGACAGGACACCUGUCUUCUCCAGUAUGAAGGUCUUCCUGCCCGUGCUGCUGGCUGCCCUUCUGGGUGUGGAGCAAGCUCACUCCCUGGUGUGCUUCUCUUGCACGAAUCAGAACAGUAAUUUCUACUGCCUAAAACCAACCGUCUGCUCGGACUCGGACAACUACUGCGUGACCGUAUCUGCCUCCGCCGGCAUCGGGAACCUGGUGGACUUCGGCCAUACCCUGAACAAGGGCUGCUCCCCGAUCUGCCCCAGCCCCAGCAUCAACCUUGGCGUGGCGUCUGUGGGCACCUAUUGCUGCCAGAGUUUCCUGUGCAACAUCAGCACGGCCGGCGGGGGGCUGAGGGCCAGUGCCGCCGUGUUGGGCCUCGGGCUCCUGCUCAGUCUGCUGUCUGCCCUGCAGCGGCUUGGGCCCUGACCGCCGGGGCCCUACAGCCGGCCCAGACUCCCCCAGCUCAGGAAGGAAGGCCCGGCCCCUCUUCCUUUGACUCGUCACCCUGCUUGAUCCCAGUUCUCCCAGCCCUCCCCGCCCUCGGUCCCCCCCUGGUCAGGCCCCCGGGCCUGCACCUGCCCUCAGAGGGGCCGGCUGCCCUCAUUUCUCAGGCAGUGACGUGACCUUCCUCGGGGAACUUGGGAAGGGAUGAGGGCUGGAGCCUGAGGGUCCCAGAGUCAGAACUGAGUCCUGGGGACACUCUAGGAGGCACACGUAAGCCCCAGGCCCUGCCCCGUCCAGGCUGUGUCUGCCCCCAGGUGGUGUGGAAGAUGUGCUCUCUGCCACUGUGUCCCGGAAGGGCGAGCUUGCUGUUGCCACAGGUGACUGUGUAAACUCAGCUGUGUGGACGCGUGUGCCGGGUGCCCCUGUGGCGUGUGUGCGAGUGUGUGGCCGUGUCCAGGCCCGUGUGUGUGCGGGAUAAGUGCCAGGGGUCCGGCAUUAGCAGCCGCCGAGCUCCCCGAGUCCACACCAGAACUUCUUUUCUCUGGCAUCUCUACGCCCCACGUUAAGGGUAGCCUUUUGGAAGACGGGGUUCCAGUGCGUCUGGGCUUGACUGCUGGACCCAGGAAUCGGUUCCCACCCCCAACUCCAGCCGCGGCCCCCACCCCCUCCCUCCACCCCAUACUGGAGUCUGUCUGCUGCCUCGGUGCCUCAAAUAAACGCGUAUUCCCAACCCUU